AUGACGACGCUGCUGCCAAGGGUUUCCCCCGGUACACAACGAGGAGAGAGGAAGGGUAGCCCCGACGCCCUCCAGGAAGGUCCGGCGGCACCCUCAAGCGCCACCACGUCGGUGUCGGCCAAGCCAACAGAGAUUUCUCCCGAUCCCAGCCUCUACCUCAGGCACUCCGGAGCUCGCCACCAGACCGACCACCACCCAGCGCCAACACGGACACGAAGCUUCCCACGCUGUCUCACCACGGCACCGCGAAGAUGGUCUGCACAACGAAGAAGAGGAGCCGUGACUAGGGCAACAUCACCGUCAGCAUACGGGAGGGCCCCACCUCCACCGUCCACGACGGUAGCCGACCGGACGCCAUGGCAGGAGCCUGCCGGGCCCGUGGCCCCACAGGCCCGGCCGGGCCCUCAAAGGCCCGGACAGCUCCCGCCUCCGCGCAGCAGCUGGAACGCCGUCGGCGUCGCUGUCCCAGUCCAAGCCGCUCCCCUGCCUCCCCAUACAGAGAGCGUCGCGGUGACGCCGGAGCCGACCCGCAAGGACCCAGAAGGGACCCUACGGGCCCAGAUCUGGGCCGGGGACGCGCCCUCGGCCGGCCAGCACCACCGGACCACCCUGCCGCCAAGAGGCGGCACCACCACGGCGAGCACCGCCGGCCUCCACACUAGGACGCCGGACCGCCACCGGCCGAGGCGCACCGCCGCCGGCCAUCACCGCCCGAGCAGGGGAGGACCGCGCGCGGGGAAGGGCAAGCCCACCGCCGCCAGCAUCACGCGGCCGAGGGCCGGCGGCGCAGGCUGA